CUUCUGAAGUUUGUUCUGUCAAAAGUACUGGCCCUCCUGAUGAAGGAGAUGAUGAAGAGGAAACCCAGGAGAGAGCACAGAGUGCAAUGUCAGCCAAAACUGCAAAGUCAACUAUUUCUGCCAAAUCUACGAAGUCAAAUGGACCCAAUGAUCCAGCUGAGGAAAAUAUAUCUGAUCAUGAGGAGCAUGCAGAGAGAGCUCCAAGCAAUUUGUCAGUAAGAUCAGCAAAAUCAGCAAAGUCAAAUGUUUCUGCAACAUCAAGAAGAUCCAAAGUUUCAGAACUUGGCUUGGAAGAUACAGUUGAGAAUCCUGAGGAAAGAGUUGUUGAAGGGGAGAGUGAAGGGAGAGCAAUGAGCUCAAGGUCUGUACAGUCAGUUCAAUCAAAUACUUCUACAAGGUCAAAUAAGUCAAAAUGUUCUGCCUGUGCUCCACCUGAAGAAAGCUUUGAGAGCGCUGAUGAAGGAAACGACAAAGAACAAAUUGAACAGCGAGCACCAAGCAGCAUGUCAGCCAAAUCAGUCCAGUCACAUGUUUCUGAAAUAUCUAUAAAGUCUGCAGAGAGAGCACCAAGUGCUUUGUCAGCUAAAUCAGCAAAGUCAGCAAAGUCACAUGCUUCUACAAAAUCUGUCAAAUCAAAAGCUUCUGAAGUUUGUUCUGUCAAAAGUACUGGCCCUCCUGAUGAAGGAGAUGAUGAAGAGGAAACCCAGGAGAGAGCACAGAGUGCAAUGUCAGCCAAAACUGCAAAGUCAACUAUUUCUGCCAAAUCUACAAAGUCAAAUGGAACCAGUGAUCCAGCUGAGGAAAAUAUAUCUGAUCAUGAGGAGCAUGCAGAGAGAGCUCCAAGCAAUUUGUCAGUAAGAUCAGCAAAAUCAGCAAAGUCAAAUGUUUCUGCAACAUCAAGAAGAUCCAAAGUUUCAGAACUUGGCUUGGAAGAUACAGUUGAGAAUCCUGAGGAAAGAGUUGUUGAAGGGGAGAGUGAAGGGAGAGCAAUGAGCUCAAGGUCUGUACAGUCAGUUCAAUCAAAUACUUCUACAAGGUCAAAUAAGUCAAAAUGUUCUGCCUGUGCUCCACCUGAAGAAAGCUUUGAGAGCGCUGAUGAAGGAAACGACAAAGAACAAAUUGAACAGCGAGCACCAAGCAGCAUGUCAGCCAAAUCAGUCCAGUCACAUGUUUCUGAAAUAUCUAUAAAGUCUGCAGAGAGAGCACCAAGUGCUUUGUCAGCUAAAUCAGCAAAGUCAGCAAAGUCACAUGCUUCUACAAAAUCUGUCAAAUCAAAAGCUUCUGAAGUUUGUUCUGUCAAAAGUACUGGCCCUCCUGAUGAAGGAGAUGAUGAAGAGGAAACCCAAGAGAGAGCACAGAGUGCAAUGUCAGCCAAAACUGCAAAGUCAACUAUUUCUGCCAAAUCUACUAAGUCAAAAGGACUCGAUGGUCCAGCUGAGGAAAAUAUAUCCGAUCAUGAAGAACAUGCAGAGAGAUCUCCAAGCACUUUGUCAGUAAGAUCAGCAAAAUCAGCGAGGACAAAUGUUUCUGCAACAUCUAGAAGAUCCAAAGUUUCAGAACUUUGCUUGGAAGAUGCACUUGACAAUCCUGAGGAAAGAGUUGUUGAAGGGGAGAGUGAAGGGAGAGCAAUGAGCUCAAGGUCUGUCCAGUCAGUUAAGUCUAAUAAAUCUGCAAGGUCAAAUAAGUCGAAAUGUUCUGCACAUGUUCCAGCUGAAGAAAGCUUUGAGAGCGCUGAUGAAGGAAAUGACAACGAACAAACUGAAGAGCGAGCACCAAGCAGCAUGUCGGUCAAAUCAGUCCAUUCACUUGUUUCUGAAAUAUCUAAAAAGUCUGCAGAGAGAGCACCAAGUGCUUUGUCAGCUAAAUCAGCGAAGUCAUGCACUUCUACAAAAUCUAUCAAAUCAAAAGCUUCUGAAGUUUGUUCUGUCAAAAGUACUGGCCCUCCUGAUGAAGGAGAUGAUGAAGAGGAAACCCAAGAGAGAGCACAGAGUGCAAUGUCAGCCAAAACUGCAAACUCAACUGUUUCUGCCAAAUCUACGAAGUCAAAAGGACCCGAUGAUCCAGCUGAGGAAAAUAUAUCUGAUCAUGAGGAACAUGAAGACAGAGCUCCAAGUAAUUUGUCAGUAAGAUCAGCAAAAUCAACAAAGUCAAGUAUUUCAGCCGUGUCCAAGAAAUCAAAAGCCUCUGGCAUUUCUACUGACCAUGUUGCUGAUUCGCCUGAAAAGGCAAAUGAAGAGGAGGUCAGUGAAAGCAGACCAGCAAGUUCAGUGUCAGUCCAUUCAGUCAAGUCAAAGGUUUCUGAAAGAUCAACUAGGUCAAAAUGUUCAGCUGAUGUUUCAGUUGAAGAAAACAUCACCAGACCUAAGUCACAUGCUUCCACAGUAUCUAUAAAAUCAAAUACAUCUAAAAUUCCUCCUGAUUCUAAUUCUCCUGACGGGAGCAAGGAUGAGGAAGACAGACCAGAGAGUGCAUUGUCUGUGAAGUCCAUCAAGUCACAUAUUUCUGCCAGAUCCAAAAAGUCAGAAUGUUCUGAUGUUCCAGCUGAUGAAAGGUGUGAGAGCCCAUGUGAAGAAAAUGAUAAAGAGCAAACUGAGGAAAGAGCAGCAAGCUGCAUUUCACUCAGAUCAGUUCAUUCUCAUGUUUCUGAAAGAUCUGUUAAGUCACAGGCCUCCAUUGUUACAACUGAUGAUGAAGCUGAACUUGAGGAAACUACAAAGAGAGCCCCUAGUGCCCUGUCAGCUAAAUCAGCAAAAUCGCAUGCUUCGGCAAAAUCUAGAAAAUCAAAUGCUUCUGAAGUUUGUUCUGUUGAAACUACUGGCAUCUCUGAUGAAGGGAAUGAAAAGGAGGAAGCUCAAAUGAGACCACAGAGUGCAACAUCAGCCAAAUCCACACAGUCAGCCAUGUCUGUAAAAUCAAGUAAGUCAAAAGUCUGUGAAGUUUCUUCAGAAGAAAACGCAUCAAAUGAUGAAGAAACUGCACAAAGACCACCAAGCACCCUGUCAGCUAGAUCAGCCAGAUCUGCCAAAUCAACACAGUCACAUAUUUCUGCAAAGUCUAGUACAUCAAAAGCCUCUAAUACUCAAAGGGAAGAGACUCAAGAGGAUACGACAGAGCGAGCACCAAGCAGUGCCUCUGUCAAAUCAGCGAAAUCUAGAAUGUCAAAUGCCUCAACCGUAUCAAGGAAAUCAAAAGCUGUUGAAGAUGGCGCUAACAUUGCUGAUGAAAACACUGAAGAAGACACAGAGGAGAGAGCAAUGAGCUCAGUGUCUGCCAAAUCAGUGAGGUCAAAUGUAACAUCAGUAUCUACAAAAUCAAAAGCUUCUCACGAUCCUCAAAAUGUAAACAAUGAAGAGGAUGGUGGAAAUGAAGCUGAAGAAAGUGUGGCUGAUUGUGAGGAAACUGAAGAGAGGGCACCAAGCACCAUGUCAAUCCAAUCAUUAAAGUCAGAUCUGUCUCAGAAGUCCAGGAAAUCAAAAGUUUCAGAAAGGACAGCUGAAACACACGGUGAAGAGGCAGAUCAAACUGAGAGGACUCCAAGUGUUUUGUCAGUAAAAACAAAUGUUUCGUCGAGAACCACAAAGUCAAACGUAUCUGAAAUUAGUGAAAGGACUGAUGUAAGAACAAGAAGUGCAAUGUCAACAAAAUCAGCUAAAUCAAAUCAAUCGACAAAAUCAAACAAACUAAUAGCUUCUGAAAUCCCUACUAUAGAAAGUUCGGAAACUCCUAAUGAAGAAAAUGCUGAAGAGAAAUCGGAGAGAGCUCCAAGUGCCAAGUCAGCAAGGUCAAAAACAUCAGUGAGAUCAAAGAAAUCCAAAGUAUCUGAUGUUCCUGCUGAUGAAAACGAAGAGAGAACACUUAGCCCCGUGUCAGUAAAAUCCAGUCGAUCCAAAAUAUCGGGCAUGUCUGAAAUCCCUGCUCUGACAGUUGAGGAAAGUGAGGACAGAGUACCUUCAGCCAUGUCAUCAAAGUCUAAGGUUUCAGCACGUUCAAAUAAGUCAAAGGCAUCUGAGGUUAAAGACAAGAAAAGCGAAGGGCGGCCAAAAAGUUCUUUAUCUGUCAAGUCAAAUCUGUCCGUGAAAUCUCGAAAAUCCAGAGCAACUGAUAUUUCAAUAGGAGAAAUUGUGGAAAAUAACGAGGAGUCUGUUCAUGUUCCUCCUGAUGAGAACACCAGUGUUUCUUCUGUAACUGUAGGGGAAGAUGUGAAUCCUGAAGAUGAGAGUAAACCCAUGACUAGUUUGCAUGAGGAAGAGACACAAGAUGCAGACGAUCAAGAUACAAAACAUGCAAUUCCAGAACCUAUUACUAAAAUUGAGUCCGUUGCAAAAUCUGCUGUGUCAGAAACCUGUCGAAGUGCACAACAACCAAAAGGAGAUAAACAUGGCAUAUGUCACACAGACUCAAAUGAAAGUGGUAUGUCACAAACUCUGUCCACUUCAGAUGUUCCUAAAGAGACGUGUGAGACUCACGCCACUGAAGAAUCAAAAUCUGAUGAGUCUAAGAGGAUGACAAAUGGUCCACUGGAAGCUGCAGCCACCGGUCGGAGUGUCAAGGAUAACAAAAGUGACAAAAGCAGCAAGCGCAGACACAAAAACACAAACACUGACAACGUCGAGCUGGUCCCAUCUAGCCUUCCAAAUGCAUCCCCCACUGAGGUUGUGAGUGAAUGGCUGAAUUCAAUACCAGCAGAGAGUGAUAUGUAUAACAUGGAGGAAUUUCAUGAAAACUGUGAGGGACAGAAAACUGGUCACACAAUGGAGGAAAUUAACAGAAUGGAGAAUACUGAAACACACGACUCUGCAGCUGAGGGUACAAAAGACACAAAUGAAGGAGUUGUAAUGAACAGUGCCCCUAAUGAUGACUGCCAAGCGAGCACAGAGGCCCCAAAUGCAGAUAAUGCCUGUACUCAGAGAGACGAUGCUUCAAAGAUAUUCAACUCGUCAGUACAGGUGAUGAAAGUUCUUUUAAAUCCAAAGCUGGACAGAUGCAACAGUUUACCGGAAAUCUCUCCAGUGUAUGGACGUAAACUAAGCACUUCAGCUAGGGGUCUUCUGGAUUGCCUUGUGAAGUUGCAGUUAAUAGACCAUAAUCCUAAAAAUGCAAACGAAAAGGAUGAACGAUACCAAGAGCUAAUGAAUAUUCUUCAAUCUCUUUGGCUUUGUGAUCCUCCAAAAAACGAACGUGUGUUAAAGAAGGGUGAUCGCCGUUCUGUGGACGAUGAAUUCAAUCAUACGUCGUCCUCUGGUGUGGAUGUCAGCAGUGGCUCUACGGGCUCUGGGAACAGUAGUGAUGGCGUAAAGGGUAAUGUGUCUAAACCACAUACAAGUGCAGAUGCGUUAAGGAGAGUACAAGAAGUCUGUGAGGUUGAAGCAGAAGCUCAAUGGACAUCUGAGAGAGAAGUAGAAGGAAUGUAUGAGGAAAAACAAAAGGAAGAUGAUCCAGCAACAGAUGAAACAAUUGAAGGCGAUAGUCCAACAGAACUACCUGAAACACCACCCUCCUCAAACGUGAGUUCAGGAAAUGGCAGUAAAAUUACGUCUCAGGAUCCUGAUCCUGUUUGGGUCUUAUCCCUAUUAACUAAAAUAGAAAAGCAGUUCAUGACACAUUACAUCAACGCAAUGAGUGAGUUCAAAGUCCGGUGGAACCUGGAUAAUAACGAGCAGCUUGACAUGAUGAUAAACGAACUGAAAAGUGAGGUCCAAAAAAGAAUCCAAAGAAGUAUAAACCGGGAACUGAGGAAAAUUCAGGCUCAAGCAGGCCUACCAAGACCUCCUAAAGACGCAAUGUCCCGUGCUUCAACCACACAAACAGAUGAGAGAAGACGGAGACUGAAGAUUAUGCUCAAACAAUCAGUUGAUCCCCAAGCAGAAAAAAGUGACGAUUCAGCAACAGGCACGUCUUACAGUGACCAGCGGAGUGAAAACGAUGAUGAAUACUGUCCAUGUGAAACGUGCGUUAAGAAGAAAAUGACGUCAAGGCGGCCACUUCCUGCAGAAGUUAUGAAUAUUGCACCUGUUGCUGUAGAAUUUGACCUGAAGAGGAUUCUGGUGAUGAAGAAUGGUGGUCCUGGCAAUACACAGGCAAUCAACUGUGCUCACGCUGAAAAUGACACUGAAACAAGAGCAGCAGAAACACUUGUAGAAGCAGUUAUUGUCAAAGCUGUAACUGAAGUGGAAAGGGAUGAAGUAUGUCAUCAUACUGAGGAUGUGUGUCAAGAUGCAGGUCAAGAAGAUGAGCCUGAAAACAAAGAUACGGAAGAUGCCAUCCAAGAAUUGACUGAACAGACUGUUGCUGAGGAAACAGUGAAGGCCUUGUCUAUAGAUAAUACUGAGGCAAUAAGCAAAACAGAAGAUGAAAUGGCAGAAAAUGAGAGUGGAGACAUAGGCACGGUAGAGGAUGAAUCCAUGAUAGAGGACGCAGGCACAGCUGAACUGAAGAAGGCAGAUGACAAUGAUGAGGAAUUGUCGGAGGAACCUGCAGAAGGAGCAGAGGUUGAUGUAGAAAGUCAGACUGCUGUGGAUGAGUCCAAAGAAGAGACUGCUGAAGCCACCACUGCUGAAGAUGAAAACACACAAGAAGAGGAUGACGAGGCAGUCACAACUAAAGAUGAAAAUGACAAAGACGAGGCUGUGGAAGCAGAGAUGGUUGAUAAUGAUGAAGAGAUUCCUGCCGUGAGUGCAGAUGAGUCUGCAGAUGAGAAUAAUGGCACAGUCACAGCUGAAGAUGAGAUUGCUGCAGACAAAGAGAUUGCUGUCACAAGUGAAGAUGAACUUGAGGAGGAGGCUUCUGAAGCUCCCACAGCCGAAGAUGAAAAUGCAGCAGUAGAAUCCACUGUGGCAGCUACAAGUGAACAUGAAUCUGACAAAGGUGAGGCUGUGGAAGAAGGGACAGUCGAUGAAGAAGAGGAGAUUGCUGCCACAAGUGCAGAUGAGAACGAUGACACAGCCACAGCUGAUGAAUUAGCAAAAGAAGCUGCUGAAGAAGCAAGUGAAGAUGAGAUGGCUGUAGAAAAAGAGACAGGCGAAGACGAGUCAAAGGAUGAGACUGCCGAAGAUGAAAUUACAGCAGACGAGGCCACUGUGGCUGCAGCAACUGAGCAGGAAUCAGACAAAGAUGAGGCAGUGGAAGAAGGGACAGCUGAUGAUGAAGAGAUCGCUGCCACCAGUGAUGAUGACCUGGAGGAAGAGGCUGCUAAAGCCACCGCAGCUGAAGAUGAAAAUGCAGCAGAAAAGGCUGACGUGACAUCUGCAGGUGAACAUGAAUCUGACAAAGACGAGGCUGUGGAGGAGGGGACAGUUGAUGAAGAAGAGGAGAUUGCUGCCACGAGUGCAGAUGAGAACGAUGACAUAGCUACAGCUGGUGAGUCAUCAAAAGAACCAGCUGAAGAAGCAGAAACCGAAGAUGAUAUGGCUGUAGACAAGGAAUGUGUUGUCACAGAUGACGAUGAAUCAAAGGACGAGACCGCUGAAGACGAAACUCCAGCAGAGGAGACUGCCGUAGCAGAGUUAACCGACCAUGAAUCAGACAAAGAUGAAGCAGUGGAAGAAGGGACAGCUGAUGAUGAAGAAAUUGCUGCCACUAGUGAAGAUGAACUAAAGGAAGAGGCCGCUAAAGCCACCGCAGCCUAAGAAGAGGCUGAUGCGACUUCCACAG